AUGGAGAAGGAGGGCAACAGAAUGUCGAUGUACAUGGACCAAACGGCCAGCGAUAGAAUGGAGCAGGGACAAGACAGCAAGGGGUUGGACGACGACGGGCGUGUAAAAAGAAGCGGGACUCUGGUGGCGGCGAGCGCACACAUAAUAACAGCGGUGAUCGGGUCGGGUGUGUUGUCUCUAGCGUGGGCCAUAGCCCAACUGGGAUGGGUUGCGGGGCCAGCAGUGCUGAUGGCCUUCUCCUUCAUCACCUUUUUCACUUCCUCAUUGCUCGCCGAUACCUACCGCUGCCCCGGCCCCGUCCACGGCACCCGCAACUAUACCUACAUGGACGUCGUCCGAGCCCAUUUAGGUGGUGUGAAAGUACAGUUGUGUGGAGUAGCUCAGUACGCCAAUCUUGUGGGCAUCACCAUUGGAUACACAAUAACAGCCUCCAUCAGUAUAGUUGCUGUGAAGAGGUCAAACUGUUUCCAUAAAUACGGUCACGAAGCAGCGUGCAAGGUGUCAAACUACCCGUAUAUGGGGAUAUUUGCGGGAAUUCAGAUCAUUUUAAGCCAAAUACCGAAUUUUCACGAGCUCUCAUGGCUGUCGAUAGUGGCGGCAGUCAUGUCUUUCACUUACGCAACCAUCGGCCUUGGCCUCUCCAUAGCCAUGGCUGCAGGCGGUGGGCGUGCGAGGACAAGCCUAACGGGGACGACGGUUGGGGUGGACGUGUCCGCAGCGGAUAAAGUCUGGAGAAGCUUCCAAGCCAUUGGAAAUAUUGCCUUUGCCUAUGCUUACUCGACCGACACAUUAAAGUCUCACCCACCGGAGAACAAAGUGAUGAAAAGGGCUUCCUUUGUGGGAGUAACAACAACGACCAUAUUCUACGUCCUCUGUGGCUGUAUAGGUUACGCUGCUUUCGGAAACGACGCGCCGGGGAAUUUCCUCACCGGCUUCGGAUUUUACGAGCCCUUUUGGUUGAUUGACUUUGCCAACGUUUGCAUUGCUUUCCAUCUAAUUGGUGCUUACCAGAUUUUCGCACAGCCGCUAUUCGGGUUCGUGGAGAGCUGGUGCGCCCGAAAAUGGCCCGAUAGCAAAUUCAUCACGGCCGAGCACUCGUUGCUAAACGGGUCGUACAACAUCAACUUCUUCCGGCUCGUUUGGCGUACGGUCUACGUUUUGAUAACUUCCGUGAUCGCCAUGGUUUUCCCAUUUUUCAACGACUUCUUGGGGCUGAUUGGGGCUGCCUCGUUUUACCCAUUGACCGUUUACUUCCCGAUCGAGAUGCACAUUGCGCAGGCCAAAAUACCCAAAUACUCCUUCACCUGGAUUUGGCUGAAGGUGUUGAGUUGGGCAUGUUUGAUUGUGUCGCUUGUGGCUGCAAUUGGAUCCAUACAAGGACUUGCACAAGAUGUCAAGAAAUACAAGCCUUUCAAAACUCAGUAG